AUAGUUUUUUGGAAUCUUCGUUUUGUUUCAACAAAUUCUGAUAAGACACGUGUACUUUACUUAUUAGUAUUUUGUUUAUUAUUGUGUCUAAAUACUGAUUAACAAUAUCUUGCAUCAUUCUACAGUGGUUACAAGCGGCACUUAGAGCCCUAGUGUGUCGAAAGCAGCAAAAUGUCUGAAUUUAAAGAUUGGUUUAAUAGUGUACCCUUUUUUACGAGAUACUGGCUUGCAUGUACUAUUGGACUGAGCUUAAUUGGCAGAUUUGGUAUAUUGAACUACUAUUAUUUAGUUCUUGACUAUUACCCUUUUAUUCACAAAUUUCAGAUAUGGAGACCAAUCACAGCACUUUUCUUCUAUCCCAUCACCCCGGGAACCGGUUUCCACUUUUUGAUCAACUGCUACUUCCUGUACAACUAUUCUCAGAGGUUGGAGAUGGGCAUGUUUGCCGGGAAACCUGCAGAUUAUCUCUACAUGCUGCUCUUCAACUGGCUCUGUUGUGUCGUAAUUGGAUUGUUGAUGAGUUUGCCGAUUCUCAUGGACCCAAUGGUGAUGUCAGUACUGUAUGUGUGGUGUCAACUGAACAAAGAUGUGAUAGUCACCUUCUGGUUUGGAACCCGCUUCAAAGCUAUGUACCUUCCAUGGGUCCUCAUGGCGUUUAACCUUGUCAUCAGUGGAGGGGGUGUUAUGGAAUUAAUUGGCAUCUUUGUGGGUCAUUUAUCAUUCUUCCUGCUGUUCAAGUAUCCGCAAGAGUUUGGUGGCCCAGCACUGUUAACUCCACCGGCGUUCUUGAAACAAAUUUUCCCCGAUACUCGGUAUGUGGGUGGCUUUGGAUCGGCACCUCAAUCUAGGGCUCCCACGGGUCCUAGGGCAGGGGGAACAGUCUUCGGUGGCCACAACUGGGGCAGGGGACAUACUUUAGGUGGUAAUUGAAACCAAAUGUGUUGCAAGUGGAACAAAAAAUUACUUGGACAUAACAUAGGACAUAAAUAGAAAUUUAUGAGCAUUUUUUGUGAUAAAUAAUAAUUAUAGUAUAAUGGCAUAUUAUAACAUUAUUGUGUUACAUUAACAGUAACUUAUACACAUAAUAAGUUUUAGU